AUGGCCGGGGAGCAAGACGAGAAGGUCUCGGGGAAAGAGAUUUCCCGAGGCCAGAAAAGCUCCCGGGAAGAAUAUCCAGCUACAACAGCAUCCCGGAAAGAUAAGCUACGUGUACGGACGUCAUCAAGACAGGACUCUGAAACACCUUUAACAAAUGAAGGGCAACAAGAAAUUGGAAGCGAGACGCCGACAUCGUCGGCGCAUCAUGCUGAAUCACCGAUUGCAGCAAAGCCUUCCAGAGCAUCCUGGGCCUCUAUGGCUAUGGCCGGGAAUGGUGCCACUGGGGGGACGUUCGAUAUGCGGAGCGUGACAAGUUCUUCGCAGGACGUCAUCCCAUCCCAAGCCAUGCCUUCAUCAGCCGUACAGAAUCCAUCAUCAAGUCGACCUGCUUCUCCAGCAGUGUCUCUAGCCAACCGAAGUCAAGAUCAAACAGUACCGUCAGAUUCAGCUUCCAGGAACUCUAGUGUCUCCCGGCGAGGCGGUUCAGUUUCCAGGGGAAGAGGCCGCAAUUCCAACUUUCGUAAAAGCACUGCGCCAGCCCGGCAACAAGGCCAGACAAGCCGACCGAGCAGUCCAGCCCCAUAUAUAGAGUCGACUGAGUCGAAGAGGUUCGAGGAGAUCAAGAGCUAUCUGAGAAGCCUGGCGGAAUCGCACAACAUUGUCCACCUCAUCGAAGAGCGCUCAGUCAGUGGCAGGCCCGAGACGACGCCGACAACAUGCGAGCAACUCUUCAAGAAUUUUGCCUCAAAGGUUUCCGAAGAAUGUAGCACGAGGCACAAGAAACUGCAAGACGAGGCUUCAAAACUCGAGGCCUCAAGGCAAGCACACGCGCAACUUAAGGGAGAGAAGACCGCACUACAACAGGUCGUGGCGAAACAAAAGGACAAACUGGGUGAAAUUGGCCCUCUUGAGCAGAAGACGCGAAACCUCGAGGAUCAGUUCAAACAAUGUACGACCGAGCGAGAUGAAUCCAAGUCGGAGCUACAAGCCACUCAAGAGAAGCUAAACACAGCUGAGCUCGAGUGUAACGAGAAGGAAAUCGCUCUCCAGCGCGUAACAGCCGGUUUCAGUGAGGUUCAAAUGCGCAUCCAACAGAUGGUUCCUCCCGUGAACGAAGAAGAGCUGCAGAACACCAUUUCUGAGCUCAGAGAUCAGCUCAAGGAUGAAUUUGCAGCCAGAGCGGCGGCGGAGCGCGGGCUUCAGGAGGAGAGGGGUGACUGGCAGUUCAAGGAGAAGCGUUACGAGGACUCGGUUGCGUACGUGGAAAAGCAAUGCUCGGACUUUCAAAAGCAAAUAAAGGAAGCGGAAGCCACUGCCGAGAACUUGCAGGCGCAAUUGAUGGAGCAAACCAGGAAAGCCUCCCGAGCCCAGACGGAAGUGGAAAACAUGACGUUCACCGUGGACCACAAGAUCGUUCCCCUCGACCAAUAUCGCAAGCUCGUCGACAACGCGAGAGGCGAGAUUUCGGACUUGGAGAAGCGAUUGAAUCAGGCAGAGACGGAUCGCGAUGUUGCACUCCAUCAAGAUGUUUCCAUGGAUGAUGUGCGGGAGAUGAUGAUGGGAGAUUUUGUCGGCUUGUAUGGCCUCGCCAUGGACGAUGCCGCAUGCAAUCUAUACAACAACUGGCAGGAAGAGGAAGCUAGACUUUCGGACAUGGUGGGCGACGGCAACGACGGUUUCCACAGAUACCCUCAUGCCGUUGUGCUUCCCGACCAAGAACCUUCACAGCCGUCAUCUGAUGAUUUGUUCUCGCCGAAAAGGAAAGCCCCCGCGGCGGUUGAGUUGAAAUCCGAUACAUCGCAGGCCGCAAGCGAGCCCGAGGCGGGACGGACCCUCGCAAAUGAGCUCAGCGGUUUCAGUAUGGAGUCCUCGAUGGAACCAGAAGAGACCCAGAGCAGUCCCAAUCUUACACAGCAGACCCUUGAAGGUGAACUCAAUAGACUCAGCAGGGUAUCUUCAGCAGAAUCCGACGGGAGCAAGGUCGACCAAGGAGACAGUUCACUUCAGCUUCGUAAUAUUCAGAGCGCGUUGGAUGAGUGUCAAAAUCAUCGCAAGGAAGCUCACAGGGAGAUUAAAGACUUGAAAGACGAUGCCAAGAAACUUGUUAAUGAAAUCGCGGAGUUGAAAGCAAGUGUUCGGACGCUACAGCAGAGCAUCAAGGAUCAUGAAUCGAACGCCGACCGAAUGAGGGAAGAAGCCGAGGGACUGUCGGCCAUCCAGAUGCGCGACAAACAAAAUGCAUUGAAUGAAUGCGAGACCCAUCGCAAGGAAGCGAACAAAAAGAUCAAGGACUUGGAAGAAACGCUCCGAAAACGGAUAAAAGAGCUCAAGGGGUUUCAGAACAGGGACGCUUUCCUGUCGAGGGCCUCUGAGCAGCUCAAAGAACAGUUGAGCGCAGUCAACACCAAACUUGGCAAGGCCGAGGCAAAGGCUGCCUUUGCCGAUGCGCGAGAAACGUUGGCAAACGAAGCGCCAGAGGACAGAUCGAGCACAGGAUCACCCUCGCUGCAUGACCCAGAAAGCCACGUUCAGCUUGUGACCGACUUGUUCGAUCGGUUGGAUGAGGCGGAAACCAAACUGGCGGCGAGCCAUAAAGAUCUGGCCGAGGUACAAGACAUUGUGGUAGGCCUCGGUGAAGACGCCAAGCAGCUCCGGGAAGAAAGGGACCAUCUAUCUCUUGAGAAGGCCCAGCUCCAGGAAGAAAAGCUGCACCUGGCCCAAGAGAGAGACGCGCUCAAGGAAGAUUUGAAGCUUUGGGAAGAAUCUACUCAAGAAGUCGGAGUAAACAACGUCAAACUGUUAGAGGAAGUACAGAAGAACGAGAAGGAAAUGCAACAGAAGAAUGAAGAGAUCAAAAGCAAGGACGAAGAAAUUCAAAAGAAGGACGGGGAAAUACGAGAAAAGGACGCCAAGCUGAAGGAAAAGGAGGAAGAGUUGAAAAAGAAGCAAAAGGCUCUUGACGACUGCCACGCGCAUGGCGAGCGCCUCAAAAAAGAAGUCGCCGAAUUGAAGAACUCACAAAUUGACGAGUCGGAGGACCCGCGAAUUGCCGCGCUCCAGGAGGAGAUACAGAGACUCGAAGAAAAGGUGACCGAUUUUCGCAACAAGUGGAGCGGUGCGAACGAAAGAUAUAGAAGGGAGCUGGAGAGGCGCGUUGAAGUGGAAGAACAAGGUGUCGAUCACCUCAGGAGCCGUAUCAGCAAGGAGCUUGUUGACAAAGAUAAGGAACUGCGAGACGCGUGGAUGACGGAGCAUAAUAAAGUCGUCGAGGGCUUGAACGAACGGAUCAAUGCCUUGGAACGAAGCCACGAGGGAGACGCUGCUGAGCUGGAGAGAAUCAAAGCCGAGCACCAGAAGGAGGUGGAUGAGCUCGAGCUCAAGAUUCGGAGCCUAGAGAGUCAAAGCCCAGCCGUCGACGCGGAUGCUGUUUUGACGAAUAUCAAAGAUGAGCACCAGAGGAAGGUGGAUGAGCUCGAGGUUACAAUCCUGUCUUUGGAGAGCCAGAAUGAAGGACUGUCGGCACUUUUGUCGGGCAUGGCUGCGCCGAGCGGGAUCUUGACCUUGGAACAGGGUACGCAGACUCAGGACGCGCCGAUCGAGGAUUCGAGGCAAGACCCCGAAUACCAAUCGCCCAGCGAGGAGACUCUGGAGACGACAGCUAUCCAUCAACACAUCCCGACUGAGUUUGUGGCCAUGCACCAGCGGUUCAAAGACCAGUUUAACGACCUCUUGCAAAGGCAGAGAAACGCUUCUACGAUGCUGGAUGAGUUCUUCAGACAUAUUUCCGGCACACUUGGAGGCAUGGACCUACCAGCUCAACCCAAUGACGAUGAGUUUCAACGCCUAAGGGAUCUUUUGGACGCCAUCAACAAAGCCCGCCGAGAAAUGCAUGAGCUGGGUGUGCAAAAGGAGGAUUUCUGGGAGGCCAACGUGCUCAACCAGCCGGCGGAGCUGUACAGACUCGAAAUGAAGAUUGAGUUGUUCAAGACAAGGCUUGUGGCAGCUGAGGCCAUUGAGGCCAAUCAGAGGGCCGAAGAGAGGUGGAGGGGAAGGGAUGAUGGUGGACACAGUACCGGUGAGAGUGGUGAUGAAAAUCAACCUGAUCAGCCCGAGAACAGCGACGACGGUUCUCCUAGCCGUGACAACGCUUCUUCUGACAGCGAUGAUGAUGAUUCUGACGAGGAUGGACCGGAUCCUGGUAACGAUCCAAAGAAACUCCGCAGAGCAAUCGCCAAGUUGGAGAAGAAGAGCCAUAGGGCCGGGUUGCUCCUGAAGGAAGAGGAAUCCAAGCUGCGCAGAAUGAUUGAUCACCACGGAGAGAUUUUCAACCAGCUAUAUCAAACCCUAGGCAACCCGCGCGAGCCAUUCAGGCAGAUUCUGCGAGAAUCAGUUGCCAUGAGAGAGGCGGAAGGGGGGGAUGCCGUCGUGGCCGGAUCCUGCUCAAACGCCGGCGCCCAGCCGAACGUCGCCGAGCCCCCGUUGCCGCCUGACUUCCCGGUCUCUCGUCCGCAAGACGGCCGGGAUAAGUGGGGAGGGAAGAAAAAGGCUCACAGGUUCCCCGACGACGAUCCAGAUAGUUCAGGCGAUGAUUCUAGCUCCUUUUUCGACGCGGAUGGCGACCAAUACGGCGGCGGAGACCAGUCGCCCAAGCGGACUCCUCAAGAGGCACGUAUACGCGCCAUUCACAAGGUUUUGAAAGACACGAGGGAACACUACAAGGCUUGCCUGGAAGCUCGAGAUGCCGUCUUGGAGGCCACGCGACAUUUGUCAAUCGCUGAUGAUCCCAUCCGUCACCGGCCGAGACCAGCGCCAUCCACCCAUGCCGCCCAUCCGCUCCCCAGCAUACCCGCGGAUGAAGACCCAGAAUCUCAGCCGGGACCGUCGUCGAAUAAUCAGCCAGCCACCCCCGGGAGCCAGAGCGGCGAAUCCGAACGGGCGUUCAAGAGCCACAAUGCGUUUGACGAGCUCGACACGGACGCGUCCUCCAUGGCCUCGAGCGAGCUUGUCGCCCGCCACACCACGGACCGUCUUCUGAGCUCCUUCCUCCCGAGAAGUAUAUACAAUCCCCUGAUUGUGUGGGCCGAGAAAUGUGAGGAAAUUCAAUACAAUCUUCGCAGUCUCGACCACGAGAUUGAGGGACUCAUCCACGACGGCGUCAACUCCCAGAACUACGAAUUCCUGCGCAGUCGGGCUCGAGAGUUCAAGAUUCGGCUCGAAAAGGCCAAUGAGACAAUCAUUGCUCUAAAAGCAAGGAAAGAUGGCGAAGUUGCGGGCCCGUCGGACAACGAGCUUGUCGAAGCGGCCCGGAAGCUCAAGGACGAAAACAGCAGUUUGUUACAGGAGCUCGACGAGGUCAAGAGGAUGGCCAAGGAUAAACAGACCGAUCUCGGAAGGAAACUCAUCAAGGCGAGGGCCGAGAGCAAUACCCAUCAGCAAGUCAGCAAAUAUUUGAGAAACACCAUCUACAACAUGGAAUUCAACAAAAAAAAGGUCAUCGAAGACGGCGUGGACGAGCGUAUCCGCGAGACGACGUACUACUACGAAAAGCAGAAAGACGAGAUCAAGAUGUUGGAGAGCGAGGCGUCUGAGCUGAGAAAGAAGCUCGACAAAGAGCAGUCGACGAGGAGCGAGCCACUCGACACUGCCUUCAGCACCAUCCAGAGUUUGACAGACGAGCUUGGCGAGAUGCGGAAGCGGAAUGAGAUGUUGGAAGACAUGAGCAAGACUUUGGCGACCGAUAUGGAACGGGCACUCGAAAUCACGGGAGGCCCCCGAGGUACUGUGGAGGAGAAGUUGGCCCGGAUGAGGGAGCGCAUCUCCAAUGCUCUGCACCAGAACCACUCCGGAUCCACCAACCCCGGUGGUGAUGGGGAGGACCCCGAGGAGGAAGUCGAAUAUUUCUCAUACGAGGCGGAGACGGAUCGAGAGAGGGAGCUAGCGGAAAUGGUCAAUGAGGCCAUGAAGCAGGCGGCGAAGCAGCUCGAACAUCACAACCGUCGAUACAAUAAGCAACAGAAGGACUUUCACGAUCGAAACGCGGAACUGGAUGCCGAGAAGAAGAGUCAGCAAUCCGAUUCGAACAAAUUGGUUGCCCAACAAGAGAGGCGAAUCCAACUUUGCGAGAAGGACCGGCAAGCCGCCCUGGAGCAGGUUCAGCGCGCUGAGAGGGACAAGGCGUCGCUGGAGGAGCAGCUGCAACAACAGUAUGAUAUAACUGCGGAGCUUAUGCUCCAGCAGGACGAUGAGAAUCUGAAAGCAGCCGAAAGGGGGGCGUCUAGCAAGGAGUCUGGGCAAGAUGAGAAGGGGAAGCAGCGCGAAGGCGCACCUGGUGAUGAUCCCGACGAUGACCCCGGUGACAGUUCUGGCGGCAGCUCUGACGCCAAACCGAACGACGGGCCUCGAGGAUCUUCUGAUAGAAAGUCAAGGAGAAGAAGCGGCAAAAAGUGUAGUUGCCCCUGCCUUGGUGGUUGCGAUUCACGAGACAAACCGGCCCGCGAGGAUACCAACCGGGCCAGCAGACAGGCCGUCGUCGGCGACCUCGUCAAGGUGUACAAGCUGUAUCGCGACUGUUGCGGUAGCAAGCACACUAAGAAUACCGACGGAAGCAACGCCACCGGAACGGCGGUGCCCGAAGACGACGGCCUUCUCCUCUGGCGGUUAGCCGGCAUCAUGAAGACCGACAGCGACACCAGAGAACGGAUCCGGAACCAGGGCCGCCGGACCUAUCUCGCGCGCCUCCUCAUCGCCUUUUGGAGCUGCAUCUGCGUCCAUGUCGUGUCGUGGCAGCACGUCUUUUACGGGAUCAUCCACAACUUCGUCUUCUUCGCCGUCUACUUCCUGCCCGGCAGCAGCUGGAAACCGAGCGAGCCGGCGGCCCUGCCGCCCAAGCGCGUCGCGCUGGUGCUCAAAGACGCGGUCAUAUUGUACUGGUUCUACUACUUGUACCAGGCGCUCACGGCGACAUGGGCAGUGCAGAGAAUCUACGACAUGGCCAACGGGUACACGAGGGCGUAUUUCAUCGAGAGGGCCUUGCAUCCGCAGCGGUCGAGGUGGUGGGGCAUCGACGGGAUAGACACGAGGCUUCUUCCCGGGUUCUCUUCGGCUGAGCCUUCCAUGCCUAGCACUACUGGCGGCAUUGGAAAAUGA